ACUCCGCAAAGCCAAUCAAAACCCCUUCCCCCUCUCCCAAAAACUUAUCAUCACUUCUUCUCUCUCUCUCUCUCUCUCUCUCUCUCUCUAGAGGCGCCAUUGACGGAGCUCGGAGCAGCUCAGGGAACAGGAUAUAGAGAGGAGUGGGAGAAAAUGGUGAGGAUAAUACCCAUGGCCUCUUCACUUCGGCCUUCCCUCUCAUCCUCCUCCUUCAGAUUCUCGUCCCUCUGCUCGGCUCCUCGGCUGAGUCUCCCUUACACCCCUUCCCGGAGAGUUGCUCUCUCUCAUCUCGGCAGCGCGGUCCUGCAGUCACAGAACUUUGGUCUUAGGGCUUCGAGCAUGUUGAGAGGAGAGACUAACGUCUCUGCUUCCAGCACACCAGGAGGAGUGGCACAAGCAAGCACAGCUGCAGGCCAAGAUAACCUUCUUGACUGGGUAAAGAAGGAUAACAGGAGAAUGCUUCAUGUUGUCUACCGGGUGGGGGACUUGGACAGGACCAUAAAAUUUUACACGGAGUGCCUCGGAAUGAAGCUGCUGCGAAAACGUGACAUACCUGAAGAAAGAUACACAAAUGCCUUUCUUGGUUAUGGGCCUGAAGACUCACACUUUGUUAUUGAACUCACAUACAAUUAUGGAGUGGACAAGUAUGACAUUGGCACUGGCUUUGGUCAUUUCGGCAUUGCAGUUGAGGAUGUUGCCAAGACUGUGGAACUCAUCAAGGCUAAAGGUGGCAAAGUGACCCGUGAACCUGGUCCUGUCAAGGGUGGCAGCAGUGUAAUUGCAUUUAUUGAAGAUCCUGAUGGUUACAAGUUUGAACUUUUGGAGAGACCGCCGACUCCUGAGCCCCUUUGUCAAGUAAUGCUCCGUGUAGGUGACCUUGAUCGAUCAAUAAACUUCUAUGAGAAGGCAUUUGGUAUGGAGCUUCUUCGUAAGAGAGAUAACCCAGAAUACAAGUAUACUAUAGCAAUGAUGGGAUAUGGGCCUGAAGAUAAGAAUGCUGUGUUGGAGUUGACAUAUAAUUAUGGCGUCACUGAAUAUGAUAAAGGAAAUGCCUACGCUCAGAUUGCUAUUGGCACCGAUGAUGUUUAUAAAACAGCGGAGGCAGUCAAACUCUAUGGUGGUAAGGUUACCCGGGAACCUGGACCAUUACCUGGUAUCAACACAAAGAUCACAGCGUGCUUGGAUCCUGAUGGUUGGAAAACGGUUUUCGUUGAUAAUGUCGACUUCCUGAAGGAAUUGGAGUGAGAUUGAAGGAGAUCACUCGAGAUGUGCAAUGUGUAUAUCGAGAUCCUUAAGCUGGACUGAUCCUCUGGGGAGCGAUCCCAGCGGGAAAAUUUGUAAAAAAA